UUUCCGCCUGUGGAAACACACAGAACGAUAAAUUGUUCAAUUGCCGCUGUUGAUCGACACAAAGAAGGCAGGCUAGGGUUCUUUGAAGGAUCGAAAUCUCCAGCGAGGGGCAACGUGAUCCCAUUAUUGUUCCUUAGAUCCAGAAAAAUAACUGGGAGGAGGAGAAGAACGAGUGGAAGAAUAUAUAUGGAAAUUGAAAAAUUCAGCAUCCGGAGUUCUGGCUGUGGCGCUUUACCAUCCCAAAUUUGGAGACAAAAGGUGGCGAAUCGUUACCAAGAUUCAAAUGAAAACAUUAUGCAUAAUGAGCACCUAAAAGCUUGUGUUCUUUUUAUGGAUGCUGAAAUUUCAAGGGCAAAAUUAUUUAGAGGUAGACCUCCAGAUCUUAUUGCAGGCACCAUAAAAAACAGCUGCAACCUUAAGGCCCAAAGUCCGAUCCCUACUCACCUUCACCCUAAAGAUCCCCAAGAUAGCAGCUGUACAAGUUUAUACAAUAGAGAUAUCCAUGAGAAUGGUAACAUGGAGGCUGACAAUAAUCCCAACUCCAAAGAGGUCCCCUUCUCCCAUCUUCCAAUUCUUCUAGCUCUUUUCUUCGAUUUCUUAAGUGCCUCCCUCUUCUUGAAGCUCCUAUUGAGUUUAAUACCAUGCUAUGCAAAAAAGAGGUGAAGAGAUUGAAGGAUAUUGAAAUGGUCAAUGGUAGACAUAAGAAAAAGGGGCAAGGUUGUCCUUUUCUUGGUUUCGGAUCAGAUUGAGCAUCCAGUUAAGUACCAGAAUUUAUGUCGUAUUGGUUUCUAGAUUUUAUGGACUUAUCCGGGACUUGGAUUGUGUGGGGUCAACUACUUAAAGCAUUGUGUUUGUUUUGGAUUGACCAUAAUUCAACUUGAAUUUAGCUCUAAAAUCCUAGAUAGAUUAUGACAUUUAACUCUAUUUUGGCCCAUUAACACCAUGAUGUAUAGUUCUACACUCCUAUUUUCAGUUUUGUGAGAGUGUCAUGAAUUAGUUGUUCCACUAGUGGUACCACAUCUUGUAGCCUAUGUACUCCACUAGAGCAUUGCAACAUAUAUGGACUAUCACCAUCAGCAUAGCAAGGCUUUGUGUGAGAUUUGCCAAUAUAGAGCCAUGCUAGUGCUUCGCCUGCACUGGCACUCUAGUGUGCCAGAUGCUAGUCCAUUCCUACUAGUUUGAAGGACCAUUUAGUCCUUACAACAAAGGAUAUUGCAACAUCACCUUCAUUAUGUUGUUAUGGAGGGAAGACAUUCCAACUCGGGGAAUUAUUGUGCUUAUCUAGUGGGCAUUUGCUUGCUAUAAAGUUAAAGUAUUUGUAUCACAUCCAUGUGAUUUAGGGGAUAAUUGGCCAUAUGGCACUUGGCAUGCACUAGCAUUUUAAAGAUAUGCAAAUUGGCAAAAGGACUUGUAACUGGAAUAUGAAGAUAUCUUUUAAUUGUUUUAUAUUAGUGUAUAGACAUAUGAAACAAAUAUAGAUAUUUUAAUCACUUUUUAGAAAUCUAGGAUCAUAAAUCAUUCUAGAUAUCUAUUAUAAUUGCCUAUCAUGGGGAAUGCUUAAUUUUAAGUAAUUUGUCAUUACAACCUAAAACUUAUAACUACAUUUACAAAUUAAUUGGCAAAAAUAAGCUUAAAAUUCAUGAUAGAGUCUAUUAGGUGUUGUACGUAUAAUUUUAGUACCAUACAAUUUCAUUUAACGACAACAUUGUAAGAACUAAGCAGCCUACAUACCAUUAGUUACUUUAAGUAAUAACAUACAAUUGAUGUAAAAAACGAUAUUUUUUUGUCUUUACUUUUCCAAUCUACAGAUUGAGCCUUCAGAUCUUGAAAAAGGUGAAUUUUUUCAGAUAAUCUGAGUGGAAUCAGAACUAUCCAAGAUGGGCAUGAGUUUAAACUGAAAAGCAGGUUAUGAGCUUGUAUUGCCACAUAUUCUUUUGGUCCUAACUUCCAAAUCAUAUAAUUUUGAUAUGAAUAUGUAUAGACUGUUAUACAUUAAUACAUCUAGAAUGGAAGGUACAAAAUGGUACAAAAUUUUGUGCAUCUUUGUUUUGUAGUAACAUAUCAUUACGAUAGGUUCCAUUGCUACAGUACAAUGUUAUUUUAAUCCUCACUAUUCUCAGGGUUGAAAAGAAUCUUUGAGUUUUGUGUGUACAUGGAAUGCAGGAUACAAGUUUCCGAUCAGAUAUAAAGGAUGAUGUACUAUGUAUAGAAUAAGUAUCCAAUAACCUUGUGUGAAAACCCUGAUGAUGCGAUGGUAGGGACAUAGAAUUUUUUUUGAUUUUGAUUGAUGAUCGCCCAUGAAUUUCACGUCUAAACAUUCUUUACAACAAAGUUUCUCGUUCCCUACCGUAACAUCUUGAUAUAGUGUUGGUAUGCCUGAUACGGGAAUCGGUUUCUCAUAUCGAUACUUGUUUACGUCCCCCGUACUAUGUACUAGUUCUGUACCGGUACAGUAUGCAUUGGUACUGGCUGGUACGGCGUACCAUGCUCUGCAAUAAUCUCCAUGCCAUUAUAAAGGACUCUGGAUAAUCAAACUAGUAAUGCUUUCAUGGAAAGGCUUCUUCAAUUUCCAUUUUAUAACUUUGAAUAUAAAGUUGGAAGCACUUGAUUUGAUUGGAUAUUUCAGAAAUUGGAACACUCCAGCUUUAUAGAGUUGUUAUCUAUGCCACCUAAGGGUUUAGCUAUUGUAUCACAUUUAGAUGUUAAUUUUUACAUCCUUUCUUUUCUCACCAGGUCACUUGGUAGUCUUUCCAUAUAAGCUUGCCUCAUCUUGCGAGAUUGGAUUCCAAUAUCUUCAGCAAGAUCUAAAGUCUCUCUUUCUCUUGUGCAUGGGAUUCUAUUUCUGUCAAUAUCCAAGAUCCCCAUCAUCUCUCUUGUUCACUAGCUUGCAAGAUAGUGCUUUAUAAUAAAUAGAUAUCUACCUUGAGAUCAGCGAUCUCAAGUUAUCAGUGUGAAAAAGAUACAAGAUGGAGGGGAGAUUCUUUGGGGUGGGUGGGUGUCUUUUGUGUGUUUAUCCUAGGGAGGGGCUUGGUAGGAUCUUCAACAGGUUGUAGAGUGAGUUUAAGAUAGCAGGUGGAUUUUGUGUGAGAAAAGGAGAGAAAUUUUUGGAUCUCGUAGGACAUGCGGCUUUUAUCCCAAGAGAUGGAGGCCAGGUCAUAUGGAAAGGCUACUAGGUGACCCGGUGAGAGAAAGAAAGGCUAUGAAAAUUAACAUCUAAUGUCGUCCGAUGGCUAAACUAACGGGCAGUAUAGAAAUUUAUGACAGUUAGAGUUCCCAAUCACUUCAGAGAAAUCCUAGAGUAACAUUAGUUUUUAACUUGGAGACAAUGGCAAGUUUGCUUUAUGAUCAUUUUCAAUUUGUAGAUCAGGGUAUAGAUUCAUAUUGCUUCAUAUAGGAAACCUAUCGUGGAUAUCAGAGUGAUUUAUAGAAGUUAAUAUGAACCAAUAUGGACUAGUGGAGAAGCCAUGGUGGGAUGCACCCCAGUCCCAAUGUUAUUACUUGGGAACGUGAUAAAUGCUUCAGGAUGUAUGGUAUGGUGUUUGCUAUAGAUUGAUGCACGGGUCCUUGCCUCUGAUAUUAGCAUGCAUCAUUUUGCUUGUAAAUGCAUUAAAGAUGAUAAGAUGAGUACGAUAUUGUAGGUCAGGUAUGGUACUUUACUCUUUAUUUGUGCUUUGCUGAUGUUCUCUUUGGGCUCCCCCUUCUUUGGCUUCUCUUUUCCUUUGUGUUUUGCACUCACUAGAAAUUUUCAUGCAUGGAACACUUGUCUCUAGAACACAAAAGUUAUUUUUAGGCUGCAAAUUUGUUAAUUUUCUUCUCAUUCUUGAAAAAACAUGUCUUCGUUUUUCCUUGAUUGUUAAUUCAAAUUGGCAUUCUAAGCGGACACAUUUCCAAAUUUCUAUAACUAAUGUUUCACCACUUUUCUUCUGCUAGCUGAACUUGCAGGAAAUUGCCUUUGGGGCAAAAUACUGAUCGAUUUAUUUUGUU